AUGGACGAGAAAGAUGAGCGUGCGUCGCUCAAUCACAUUAAACUCAAACCCCGAAUCUCUCUAUUCAAUGGGUGCACAAUUAUCAUCGGAGUUAUCAUUGGAUCUGGAAUUUUCGUCUCCCCAAAAGGAGUACUUUUGGAGGCGGGAAGUGCUGGAAUGUCACUUCUCAUCUGGUUGUUGAGUGGUGCAUUCGCUAUGGUCGGAGCCAUUUGUUAUUCCGAAUUGGGCACGUUGAUCCCUAAAUCUGGAGGGGAUUACGCCUAUAUUUAUGAGGCAUUCGGCCCUCUUCCGGCAUUUCUGUUCCUGUGGGUCGCCUUGGUAAUCAUCAACCCGACAUCCCUGGCGAUCAUCGCAAUAACAUGUGCCACGUACGCCCUCCAACCAUUCUAUUCGUGUCCGGUACCCGAUGUUGUCGUGAAUCUAUUCGCUGGAUGUAUCAUCGCCGUGCUCACUUUCAUCAACUGUUGGGAUGUUCGAAUGGCGACGAGAACGAAUGAUUUCUUCACUAUCACCAAACUACUCGCCCUCUCUCUUAUCAUUGUUUCUGGCGGAUAUUGGCUAUCAUUGGGACACGUCGACAAUCUCGUUAUGCCUGAUGUCAACGAGGGAACACAGACGAAACUCGCCGCCAUCGCAAUGGCUUUCUAUUCUGGUGUAUUCUCGUUUUCUGGAUUCUCUUAUCUCAAUUUUGUGACCGAGGAGUUGAAGAAUCCGUUCAGAAACUUGCCCAGAGCUAUCUAUAUCUCUAUUCCAAUAGUGACAAUCGUCUAUAUGUUGGUCAAUAUUGCAUAUUUUUCGGUGCUUACUGUUGAUGAGAUCCUCGACUCUGACGCCGUCGCCAUUACAUUCGCCGACAAGAUCCUCGGCUCGUUCGGCAGCAAAAUUCUGAUGCCAAUGUUCGUCUCAUUCUCGUGCGUCGGAUCACUCAACGGAAUUCUCAUCACAUGCUCGAGAAUGUUCUUCUCCGGAGCACGAAACAAUCAAUUGCCCGAACUGUUCGCAAUGAUUUCCAUCAAACAGUUGACUCCGAUCCCUUCGUUGAUAUUCCUCGGUGGCACUUCUAUCGUCAUGCUAUUCAUUGGAAACGUAUUCCAGUUGAUUAACUACUUAUCAUUCGCUGAAUCACUUGUAGUGUUCUCAUCAGUAGCUGGACUUCUGAAACUGAGAUAUACAAUGCCGAAGAGUGUUCUACAAAGUCGCCCGAUAAAGAUCAGUCUCUUCUGGCCGAUUCUCUUCUUCUUGAUGUGUCUCUUCCUCUUGAUCCUUCCAUUCUUCCACAGCGACCCCUGGGAACUCGUCUACGGAGUCUUCCUGGUGCUCUCCGGUAUCCCAAUCUACACACUCUUCGUUUACAACAAAUGGCGCCCCGGUUUCGUCGAUUCGAUAUGGAUUGGAUUCACUCAUUUCAUUCAAAAACUGUUCUAUUGUAUCCCCGAACUCUCCGGUUCCUCUUGA